CUUCUCCGGAAACGUCGGGUUGGACGCGUCCGGGAAGGGUAGCGCGGGGGAUGAUGUCUAAAGAGGAGCUGGAGAAGCAGUACUCGCCCAGCAUGUGGGUGGUCCGACUGGGAGCGGAGGAAGCCCAGAAGACCUACUCCGAGAUGGGAAACGAGGGUACGGGGGACCUGUCCAUGGCCGCUUUGGAUGGACUUUGGCGUGUGGCAGUGAUUCCGAACGCCACCAAGAAGGCCCGGGCCACCAGGAGGAGCCUGCUGAACAUCUCCUAUGGAGACGGAGAAGGGGAUAAACUGGACGUCUACUUUCCGGAGGCAGGGUCUGAAGCCCUGCCUUUCCUUGUGUUCGUCCACGGAGGAUACUGGCAGAGUGGAAGUAAAGACGCAUCAGCCUUCAUGGUGAACCCACUGACAGCCCAGGGAGUGGCCGUGGUGAUAGUAGCUUACGACAUUGCCCCCAAGGGCACCCUGGACCAGAUGACAGACCAGGUGACGCGGAGCAUCGCCUUCAUCCAGAGGCAGUAUCCACGCAACAGGGGGAUUUACCUGUGCGGACACUCAGCCGGAGCCCACCUGGCCGCCAUGACGCUCCUGGUUAACUGGACCGAACAUGGAGUCAAGCCCAACCUCAAAGGCCUUUUCCUGGUGAGUGGGAUCUACGACCUGGAGCCCAUUGUGCACACCUCUCAGAAUGCCCCUCUUCUCCUGACAGUGGAGGACGCACGGAGGAUCAGCCCGCAGCGGCUCCUGGAGGCGGCCCCCGCGCAGCUCGCUGGUCCAGCCUGCCACGUGCUGGUGAUUGUGGGCCAACACGACAGCCCCGAAUUCCGCCGGCAGUCGAGGGAGUUUUAUAAGACGCUGGGCCGAGGAGGGUGGAAAGCCUCAUUCGAAGAACUCCAGGAUGUGGACCACUUUGAGAUCAUCUGGAAACUAACCCAGAAGGAAUUCGUGCUCAACCAGAUUAUUUUGAAAACAAUCUUCCAGGAGUGCUGAUGGCCUCUGAACCCCAACUGGUGCACCCCCGGCUUGCAAGUCUUCUCCGAAGGGCCUGACAGCGCCUCCCUCCCUCCAGCCUCCACUUCCCUGGUGCCCGGAAGCCUCCCUUUGCCCACCCACCCUGGCAAGAGCCCAUUCCUCCCACUGCUCUGAGCAGAUAGACAGGUCUCCGCGGCUGCGCCCCAGUCUGGAUUGAGUGGCUCCAGGCGCCGCUUUCCAGCCCAGUGCAAUGCUGUGUGAUGCUCAGAACCUCAGCUGAAACUGGAGCCCGGAAGGCCUGCAGAGAAAGGUCUCGCACCCUACCAUUCACAGUCAAUUACCCCAAACAGGAAAAGACUAACCUCGCACCUCCAACGGGAGGGCCUAUCUACUUCACUGCCUGGGCAGGAGGAAGGAAGAUUGUCUUGUCCAACCACAAGCCCAACCAAUGGAAAAUGCUGCAGCUCGGCCAAUGAGAAGCCGCAUCACCCUGAACCCUCCAAUGAAUGUUUUCCCCUUGAGAAUUUUGUUGUCCCGCCCUACUUUCUAUGAAAGCUUUCCAUUUUCUGCCCCAACUGGUGUGGCUCAGCGCGUUCGGCAUCGUCCCACCGGCAGAAAAAUUACCAGUGCGGUUCCCAAUCAGGGCACAUGCCUGGGUUGCGGGCCAGGUCCCCAGUUGGGGGCGUGUGAGGGGUGGCCAACUGACAUUUCUCUCCCUCUCCUCCCUUCCUUCCCCUCUCCCUAAAAAUAAAUAAAAAAUUUUAAAAACUUUCCAUUUUGUGUAACUCCUGGGAAUAUCUCUGUUCCUGAUUUCUAAUAAAUAUCCUG